AAUUUCGCUUUAAAAGUCGUCCAACUAUUGUCUAAAUCAUGUGAGAUUUUAAUAUCUUGGCUCAGCAUUAGUAAAUCAUGAUGUCAACAUCCCGGCCAAAUGAAUAAAAUUGAGAGGGUCAUGACAUUACUAGUUCCAUCUGCCGGCCUAUAUUUGUCAACUAUUAUAUUUAUCAGGACGGCUUUAGGAUUAUAAAUCAAAUUAUCAUUGUAAUAUCAGCCAAUUGGACCAUUUAGUCCACAUAAACUUUUGCAUCAAAAACCCUAUAGCAUAUUCUGCUCAAAUGGAAAUGAUUUCCAAUAUCUUGUUGGUCUUCUUAGUAACACCCUUUUUCCUCCUAAGCAUGAUUAGUUGUGAGGAUGAUGAGGUGAAGAGAACACUAAUACAGUUCCUGACACAACUCAAAGGCCAGCAGAAUAAUAGUUCAAGUUUGGUCUGGAAACCAGACACUGAUCCCUGCAAGGAUCAUUGGAAUGGUGUAUACUGUGAUGCACAAAUGUCAAUAAAGAAAUUGGAUUUUUACAGGUUCAAUUUGUCUGGAACUCUUGACGUUUCCUUGCUUUGCAACCUACAGCCUCUAGCUGAAUCUCUCACCUUUCUUAGUCUUGAUGACAACAACAUCAGUGGUGAAAUAACAUCAGAAAUCAAAAACUGCAAACAACUCACUCGUCUUCACCUAAGCGGAAACCAACUUGCUGGAAACCUUCCGACUUCACUUGCCAUGUUGAACAAUUUGAAAAGACUAGACAUUUCAAACAACAAGUUUUCGGGACCAUUGCCAAACCUGGGUAGAAUCUCAGGCCUCAAUAUGUUCCUAGCACAAAACAAUGAACUUAGUGGAAAUAUACCAACAUUUUAUUUCUCUAAUUUUGAUCGUUUCAAUGUUUCCUUUAACAAUUUCAGUGGUCCAAUUCCAGAUUUGCAAGGUUAUUUCUUUGCAGACAGUUUUCUUGGUAAUCCAAGAUUAUGUGGAUAUCCACUACAAAAAAAUUGUACUAGUCAACCUUUAAGUACUGUUAGUAAGACAUCAGAAGAAGAAUCAAAGGGUGCUUCUAAAGAACAAGUUCUUAUGUACUCAGGUUAUGCUGCAUUAGGUUUUAUCAUAAUCUUUUUUGUAGUCUGGAAGCUGUGUGUAAAAAAGAAGAGUGGGAAAAAAGUUCAAACAGAAUUGAAUGAUGAUAUCGAAAAACCGAGCUAUGUUUCAAGCGAAUCCAAAGCAGAAGAGCUAAGCAAAUCAGGAUUUUCAGUCACUUCUGAAAGUGGAAUGGUCUCGCAACAAUCGCUUAUUGUUCUUUCAAGGCCAGUGGUGAAUGAAUUGAAAUUGGAAGAGUUGUUGAGAGCACCUGCUGAAAUGAUAGGAAGAGGAAAGAAUGGAAGUCUUUAUAAGGUGAUGCUAACAAAUGGGAUUCAAGUGGUUGUAAAAAGGAUUAAAGAUUGGAGUAUUUCUAGUGUUGAAUUCAAGCAAAGAAUGCAACUCUUGAAUCAAGCAAAGCACCCUCAUGUACUUUCACCUCUUGCUUUCUAUUGUUCCAAACAAGAGAAGCUUUUGGUCUAUGAAUAUCAGCAGAAUGGAAGUUUGUUCAAGCUUCUACAUGGCACAUCAAAAACCUUUGAUUGGAGCAGCAGACUUGGACUUGCAUCUACAAUUGCUGAAGCAUUAGCUUUCAUGCAUCAAGAGCUUGGCCAACAUGGCAUUAUUCAUGGUAACAUGAAAUCCUCAAACAUUUUGCUAAACAUUAACAUGGAGCCUUGUAUUAGUGAAUAUGGCACUAUGCCAAAGGAUGAACAACAAAGUUCAACUUUUGCAACUCCUAAUGAUGCUAAUGCAUGCAAGGAAGAUGUUUAUGGCUUUGGUGUUAUUCUUCUUGAACUACUAACUGGAAAAUUGGUGAAGAGUAAUGGUAUUGACUUGACUGAAUGGGUUCAAUCAGUUGUAAGGGAAGAAUGGACAGGUGAAGUGUUUGAUAGGUCAUUAUUGAAAGAGUAUGCAAGUGAAGAGAGGAUGGUUAAUAUGCUUCAAGUGGCUAUAAGAUGUGUCAAUAGUUCCUUCGAGGCUAGGCCAACUAUGAACCAAGUGGCUCUUAUGAUUAACACUAUCAAAGAUGAAGAGGAAAAAUCCUUGAUUUAUCAAGUUUGAUUGUUUAGGAUUAUACAUGAAGAAAAAAAACAUGUAAAUCAAUUUCUUUGAAAUAUUUAUAAGUGCAUGUUUAGAUCGAUAAUGAGUUUGUCAAAAUCACGAUGUGUUACCGUGAUUUUGAUAAAAAAGUGUAACUUUCGUCAAAAGUUACACUUAGAACUUCAACAAAAUCAAGAUCACAAUGCCUAUGUGAUUUUAUCAAAGUCAUCGUCAUUCUAAACAUUCAUCAAGUCUUCAUAAAUAACCAUAAAUUCAGGGAUCGAAACAAAACUAGUUUUGGACUUGAGAAUUAACUAUAGAUUAAAUAUCGUUUCUUUCUUAUUUUAUUUUUUGAAUUA